AUGUGGAGCAACUCGCCAGUGAUGGCUCAUAAAGAGGGAAACGACUUUGACACCAAGAGAAUGGCGCUGGUUGCUGAUAAGGCUGCAAGUCAGCAGACGGACUCUGAUUAUCUCUGUAUCAUUAAGGUAGAUGUCCACAAGCAAAUGGGAGAAGCUAUGAAGAGAUUGAAGGUGAGGAGAGUCGUCGUCGUCUAUCAGGGUCAGACAAGGGUAUGGACCGUCCCACUGGUGCCUGCCUCGCCUUAUCAUUGCCAAGAUGACGCUAGCAUUCUCAGCCCCACCGUGCCGAAAGAUAAGAGGGGACAGCCAAUCAGAGGCGCGGCCAUUCAAAUACAGGAAGAACCAACCUGGCUUGCAGCUUCUCCAAAUGGCUUCGUCUGCGUGGUCGCUGGCCAGCAAGAGCAAACGGAGCAGCAACGCAUGCUCCUUCUAGCGUUCCUUUCCUUUGGUUAUUGGUGUCCAUUUCAUGCUCAUUUCGUUCCCGCCCAAAGUGUUCCAACAGUACUCCGAAAGGAUGCUACCUACCUAGGUAAGGUGAGGGAAAGUACCUUUGUCAGCACCGGGUUUUCCAAGCCCCGCCCACCGCCCACCUUCUCUCCCGUCCACGGGUCUCCCACUUCAGACCAGAAGCACCCUCUCAAUGCUCGUGCGAAUGGGACGCUCCAUCAAUGUCUUGGCUCGAUGAUUCUCUGCUCCAUCGGGGUGAUAAUGACGUCAUAUCGCCCAUCCCAAGAGAAUCCGGGGCAUAUGGCUCGUUGGCUCGUCAAUGUGAGGGAUCAUCGAAUCCCACCAUCAUGCUACGACCGCCUUGCACUUCUCACCCUCUCCCGCCCACGAUUAAAAACGCCACGUCUCCGCCAUAGCAAGCAGCCAUCGGCAAGCCAGCAAUCUCGAUUCCCCACCUCACCAUCAACUGAACUUGCGCACCAACAGCGAUUCAUGCAACACCUGAUUCAACAUCUUCAUUCGCGCAGCUUUGCUUUCAUCAACGCUUGUCAGACGCGCUACCUCUAUCAGGCGUUUAACCCUCGGCUUUUAGGUGUUCCCGGUUUCGGUGCCGUCUUAUCUCUUAGUGGACCUGAAGGAUUCCCGACCUUUCCCCAGCGGCGCAGCAUAUUCACGGAACAGCAAGGUGAAGGAUCAAGGACAGCCUGUGAGCCUUUCCCGAUUGCAUCCGAUUGCAUUCUGGGCUUGUUCGAAGCCCCGCACCGCAACUACUCAUCUUGCGAGAACGCUUCGAUCAGGCUUGAGAUUAGCGACUCGGACUACACACUGUUGAUGGCCUGCAGAUUCUCUGAUAAUGUGCCAGACCACCGGACUAGCACCAUCACCCGAGUCAUCGCUCGCCAUGUGGGUGAUUCACCUUUCGCUAGCGUCACCGACACGUUCUUCAGCUCGAAGACUAUCCAUCCUUUGACUUCUGAGACGCAGCUGACGAUGCCGGUCCCCCGCGUGCGAUAUCGGGCUUUCUCAACCAUGGAGACCCCUCUAGCCUCUAGGACGCCUCCUUCUGCACCUUUCUUCUUCUCCGACACCAUGCAAUCGGGACAAACAACGUUCACCGCCCGCCAAUCAUCCGUGGCCGUUUCUUAUUUGACUCCCAUGUCGUAUCGUAUCCGUGAUAGCAGCUAUGAAGAUGGCGUCGAGCUAGUCCUCAACUCUGACAACGAACAAGACAUGUGGCUGGUGCUGCCUGUUGCGCAAAGCACCCAUGGCCCAUCUAUCCAUCCAUCCAUCCAUCCAUGGGGGGUCACACUCACAGAAGUCGUGUGUAACUGGGUCUCAGCUCCCAUCAACCACCAAAAUCUCCCUUGGUCGCCUGAGGGAGCCCCUCGAUACGCCCUGAGCUUCUGCUCAAUUUCUCUGACUAGAGGGCAAUAUUGA